AUGCCGAAAAAAACAGAAUUUUGUUCAAAAUGGUUGCUUAGAUUGGAUAAUGCCAAUAGAGUAUGUUCCCGGUGGCUUUCAAAAGGCAAAAAAGCUAGUACAUUCCGAUGUAAUGUGUGUAAUGCAGAUGAUCUUAGUUGUGCUAAUGGUGGCUGGACUGAUAUAAAAAAACAUUUCACUCGUCCGAAACACAUUCAAUGUAUGAAGGAUGUAUUUGGUUCAGUUUCACUUGUUACAUCUGGUCAUUCAUCAUCAUCGAUACCUAAUCAAACGAAUGAUGGUAAUUUAUGUUUAAUAUCAACAGAUGUUAAUACAACACAACGUCCUUUUAUCACUAUUCAUAAUGAUCAAAGAGCAUUAACACAUGAUGAAAAAGUUACUCGUACUGAAUGUAUAUGGGCAAUGGCUACUUCUCAACUUGCUUUUUCUUAUAAUUCAUCACAAUUUCUACCAGAAAUUUUUCGGUACAUGUUUCCUGACAGUUCGAUUGCCACUGUUUAUUCACUACGUCCACGAAAAUUAUCUUAUGUUAUUUCACAUGGAACUGGUUAUUAUUUUACUAAUGAAUUAAUCAAAGAUGUACGAAAAGCACAUGGAUUUUCAUUACUUUUCGAUGAAACAACAAUUACUGGUAUUCGUAAACAGCUUGAUAUUUUUUUUCGAUAUUGGUCUGAAACAAAAAAUGGUAUAUGUGUUCGAUUUUACAAAAGUAUUAUUCUUGGCCAUGCCACUGCUAAUAUUAUUUCUCAAUCUAUUAUUGAUUCACUGAAAACUGAUGGUAUUGAUAUUGCAAAAAUGUUGAUGUUAGUAAGAGAUAAUCCAAAUGUUAAUAAAGCAGUAAAAGAUAUUCUUAACAAAGCAGUUAUUGACGAAAGAAAAAAAAGUCCAUGUCCAUUGCAUUUUAUUCAUGGUUCCUUUCGAAAAGGAAUAAAAUCAACAUCAUGGUUUAUUGAUGAAUCAAUUAAUGAUAUUUGGUUUUGGUUCUCUAGGUCUCCUGCUCGUCGAGAAGAUUUUGUAUCGGUUGCAAUAAGUAUUAAUGAAUCUUAUUCCAGAUUUGUUAAUCGUUUUGUUGAAACUCGAUGGAUCGAAAUUGGCACAGUAAUUGAACGUAUUGUUGAUCAAUGGAAUGUUAUCACAGAAUAUUUUCUUCCAUAUCUUCCGAAAUUCGAUAAGAAAAUAGAAUUAAAUGAUAAAUAUAUUCGAAUUAAAAACUUCAUUAAUGACAAAUCAACACUUGUCAAAUUUCAUUUCAUUCUUUUUAUUUAUCGAACAGUUUUUAAAAAACAACUUGUUUGGUUUCAGCAAGAACAACCAUUAGUGCAUUUGCUUUAUAAUGAAUGUUGUAGCCUAUUACGUAAUGUUUUACUUUCAUUUGUAAAAGAAGAACUCAUAAGAGAUAAAGAAAGUAUUCAAUUAUUGACCGUUUCUUUCGAACUGCAAAACAAUCAAAAGAAUAAUAUAAAUAUUGAUGUUGGUGAAACUACUCGAAUGUGUAUUAAAGAUUUAUCUCCUAACGAGAAAGUGGUCUUUUUUGAAGAUGUACGUAAAAUUUAUUGCAACAUAACAAAAGAUUUGAUCAAAUCAUUACCAAUUAGUAAUGAUUUUUUACGGCAUCUUCAAUGUUUUCAACCUUCAAUGCGUAAACACGAAACUUCUCGAGCAAGUAUUAUGUAUCUUGCACGAAAUCUUCCACAUUUAUUAACCAGUGAAGAAGUUGAUCGUGUUGAUGCUGAAUGGCGUGUUUAUGAAAUGGCUGAUAUAUCUGAUGAAUGGAUUAAAAAAAGUACCAAUUCUUCAAGCAACAGCACUGAGUAUGUACCGAUUGAUAAAUAUUGGUACCAAGUAUUUUCUAGUGUUACGUCAAAUGGUGCACCACAAUAUCUAGUAUUGAUUAAACUUGUGAAAUGUUUGCUUUCUUUAUCACAUGGAAAUAGUGAUGUUGAACGAGGAUUUUCUCAAAAUAAUAAACUCGUUUCAAAUGAUCGUUCGUUAUUAAUUGAAUCAUCUAUUAGUGGCUUGAGAGCGACAAAUGCUGGUAUUAAAUUUUAUGGAGAUGGUAAAACUCAUAUGGUUCCAACAACAUCCACUUUACUAUCCAAUGUUCAAGAAGCAUAUUCACGUUAUGCCAAAGACAUUGAAGAGCAACAAAAAUUAAUUAACAGUAUUGAUGUGAUAAAUGGAAAACGAGCUUCUAAUGUACAACAUGAACAAUUAGAAGAAAAAGAAAAUCAAUUAAUCAAAGAACAAAAAACUUUACAAGACGAAUUAACCAAAGCAACUAAAAUGUUGGAGGAAGGAAGCACAAGGCUUGCUACUGCUAUGAACAAUAAAGAAUUUAAUGAAAUUGGUAUAGCUGAAGUACUGUUAACGGCUGCUAAUGCUAGACUAACUGUUUUAAAAAAUCAAUUAAUUGAAAACAGUGACAACUUGAACCAAUUACGAAGAAAACAGAAAAAAUAA